AUGAUACCGUAUCUAAAUUGCGAAGUAUAUCUGUCCGUACUCCUAUACGUAAUAACGAAAAUCUUGUGUUCGAUCGUCGACAAAUAUCGGGUCAUGCACAAGCAAGAAGUGUACGUCGAAGAAAAAGUAGAAGAUGACGUCAAAUGGGUGCCAAAGAAAAAGCACGAAGUCCUUAAAGCUAAAUAUAAGUGCUUGAAAAAGCUCUUCCAAAUCUACGACGCUAGUGUUAUCGGAAUUCUGCCAGAAAAUUACAUGGAACCAUACCCCGAAAAAAGACGCAAAAAGCGAUCGAAGCGUACGAAAACUGAUGCCAUAGUUGGUACCGCUGAACUGUCAAACGGCGAUACCGAUUCGGGCUGUUCUGUGCCCGUAAAAGAAGUUCCAUCCACGUUCAAAAAGGACGGAUUCACCCAGGAUUGUAAAGAAAACGUCUCAGUUCAAAGCGAGAUAAAGCAAUCUGUGGUCAAUGUACCGUACAGGGAAAUGCGAAAACCGACGCGAUUCCAGUGCUUUUUGCAGCGAAUUUUCGGCUUAAAUCCUGAUAGAUUGAAAAGGGGAUAUGCUAGUGACAAUGAUAUCAUAUGUUAUGAUAGACGCCGGCGUGGUAUAAGGCUUAGAAGACGGCGAACGAAGCAGGCAAGGUCGGAAAUGGUUUUGAACGAUAUGAAAAGUCCAGUUAUUUUGUCGUAUAUUCAGAGUGUUCAGAGAAGUUGUUUGAUGGAGUCUACGCCACGCCAAUGUCCUAUAUCUGGGUGUAAAAUGAUGUUUUAUGGAAUAAUAAACUACAACGACCACUUAAACCUCUGCCACUUUCCUGAACGCCAAUAUGUCUGUCACUACUGUCACGAGGGCUUCACCAGCGAGUGUGAUAAAUUGCAGCAUGAGAACGAGCAUCUAGGAAUAUCGAGGAUUAAUACUAGUGAUGUAUCCAGUGGAUGGCAAUCAAGGAAGAUAGCCAGUGUGACUCAAACCGAUCCCGAAGUCCAAGUACCCGAGGAUAAAUUAAAGAAAAUCGUGUCAUUCUUCGACAAAAUCACCAAUCCUGACGACUUUAUAAAUGAAAUCAAGAAAAAUCGACUCUCCGAAUCGAAUUUACAAACUAUACCGGCAACUACAGUUUCGGAGCUCAGUAAAUCAGAAACAUUGAAUCUGCAGAAGAAAUCUGGUAAAUCGUCGUUGGCUAACGAAUCGGAUCACACUGAAAUAUCACAGUGUACUUCCACACCACCAAUAAGAUGUCAGCUGUGUGGAGAACUGUUUGAUAACAGGUACUGUAGUGUGGAUAACUUAAUACUGUUAUUGAAGUGA